AUGGCCUGUGCUGUCUGUUGCGUACACUGUGACACUGUUCGAUAGAAUGUCAUUGUUGUGUGAACUCAACAUUUAAUAAAUUCAUUCGGCUUUUCGGUUAUACUUGAAUGUUUUACAUUUAACUCCUCUCAACUAUUGUAAAAUAAAAAUCCACAAUGUUUGCCAUUAGGCGGGCUGUUGCAAACGCAAUUUGCAGAAAGUUUGACACAAUCAGCAGAUGCAAGCACACGCUUCCUGACCUUCCCUAUGACUACAAAGCUCUUGAGCCGAUAAUUUGUGCAGAGAUAAUGCAACUUCAUCAUUCCAAGCAUCAUGCAACUUAUGUUAACAAUUUGAACAUUGCUGAGGAAAAACUGAAGGAAGCAGUCUCCAAGGGGGACAUAUCAUCUCAGAUCGCUCUUGCUCCUGCUAUCAAAUUCAAUGGAGGUGGACACCUCAACCAUACUAUUUUUUGGUCUAACUUGACUCCAAGCAGUACAAAACCUGAUGACGCACUGCUGAAAAAAAUUGAACAAGAUUUCGGAAGUAUGGACGAACUGAAGAAACGUUUGUCCGAGACAACCAUUGCUAUACAGGGUUCAGGAUGGGGUUGGCUCGGUUAUAAUCCUAAAGAGAAAAAACUUCAUAUCGCGACAUGCGCGAAUCAAGAUCCUCUCCAGGCCACGACAGGACUUGUUCCGCUUUUCGGGAUUGACGUUUGGGAGCACGCUUACUACAUUCAAUACAAGAACGUCAGACCUGAUUAUGUUAAAGCGAUCUUUGACAUUGCUAAUUGGACUGAUAUUAGUCAGAGAUUCAAGGCAGCAUCUGCCAAGUAAAAGAUCUUUUGAUAUGAUACUAUUGCAGUUAUUUUUAUUAGAAUUGUAAAACAAUGUAUGAGUCUCAUUAUCGGCUCGUCAAAACAGUAAAUAAAGGCUACCAACAUUA